AGUCAGUCUUUCGUCUCGUUGCUGUGAGGUUUGAAUUGUGUGUUGAGUUUGGAAAAUUUUUAAAAUCCAUCUGAGACUUUGUAAAGUGUUUGCGGGUGUACUUGCUUUGUGUAAUGGCGUUUUUGCGUUCCAUUUGUGCUCAACGUACAAUAAAAAAUUUAGUUAAUUAUCGCAAGGAUUAUAGUAGGAGGACACAUUACGAAGUAUCAGUGAUCAAUUGGAACACUCCUGGAUGUGUUCGCCUAAUAUGUCAGACAAAUGACUUCAACACCGACAACUCUAGUUGCAAAAAUGUACAUAACGAAAGUAUUUUAGGAUUUAUAAGUUCAAAAAGUCAAUUAUGUCUCCAGUUCCAUUUAUUGACUCCUAAUCAAAGUUUAUUAAAAAACGUGAUUGUUCCGCAGUAUGUACAAACUCAAAACUUACAUAUUGAUUCUUCACGCAAAACUCACUUCGCGACACCCACGAUCAAAAAAGAUAGCAAGACUCUUCAGCCAAGCAUUCCUCCAAAUGUUCAACGGGAUCCAUUGGAUGUCGGUUUUAAUGAUCCUAACGCGGCAUUCAAGAGCAAAACGACAUGGGAGCUGAUAAGAGCAUAUAUCGUUUACACGAUUUGUACUAGCGAGAAGAUAGUGGAGCACAACUUAAAGCUCAUGAAACUGGCAAAAACAGUAUUGGGUACGAAAUUAUUUACACUGCUCAUGAAAGCAACGUUCUACGGACACUUUGUUGCCGGCGAAGAUCAAGUCAAAAUAAUUCCAACCCUUGAAAGAUUACGAUCAUUUGGUGUGAAACCAAUUCUCGAUUAUUCUGUUGAAGAAGAUCUGUCGCAAGAAGAAGCUGAAAAACGUGAAGUUGAAUCUUCGGUGUCCAGUGCUGGUGAUUUUAAGGAGGAAGGCACAAUGCCUCAGUACCACGUUGAUAAGUCUUUUGCUGAUCGUAGAUACAAAGUCAGUAGUGCUAGAACUUAUUUUUACUUAAAUGAGGCAACAUGUGAAAGAAACAUGGAAGUUUUCAUAAAAUGCUUAGAAGCAGUAUCAGGUAAUUUAGUUAUCUAA